CACAUCGUGUUCCACGCUAUCAUAACCCGUGCAGCGAUCUUGGUCAAUCACUGUAUACCGCGCUCUUAUGUUUUAAUAAGCUUUGCCUGUGGAUGUCCUCGGUUGGAUCAGACAGUGCAGCGACUUAUAUAGAAGUAAUCGUUUAAUAAGGCUCUGUUUUUCGGUUCCAAUUCUCACUAAAACUAUAGGCUAAGCUGUGAUUGGCUCCACGACGCCCAGAAACGUCAGGGAAGUAAUGAGAACCUCAAGGAAUCCGAAAUGUAACACUCCAAACUGUCACUCACGACAUGCGUAUCGCCUGUGGACGCCGAGUUCCAAAUGUCCAGCCGGUAAUCGUGGGCGUGUUCACAUCCCCUCAGCGGCUUCAAGCGAGGACAACCUGCCGGGUCCACAGGGAGCAUUUGCACCAGGCCAGGAAGCAGCAGCGCGUCAGGGACUGUUCAACCGGAUUGCCCCUGUCUACGAUGAGCUCAACAACACGCUCAGCUUCGGGCAGCACUGGGUGUGGAAGCAGAUGACUGUUAAGUGGAGCGGCGCACGCCCAGGCAACCGGGCAUUGGAUGUGUGCUGCGGUUCGGGCGACCUGGCGUUCCUGCUGGCCAGGGCUGUGGGGCCCCGCGGGGAGGUGACGGGGUUGGACUUCGCUGCGGAGAUGUUGGAGGACGCGGCUGCUCGACAGGACGCCCAGCGGCUGGAGAGCCUGCCGCCCAAGGCAGCCAAUGUCACGUGGGUGCAGGGAGACGCCAUGUCGCUGCCGUUUGAGGCGGCUUCCUUCGACGCCGCCACCAUGGGCUACGGCCUCCGCAAUGUGUCCGACAUACCUGCGGCGCUGUCUGAGCUGCACAGGGUGCUGCGCCCUGGCUGCUCUGCUGCAAUCCUUGACUUCAACAACUGCACGGACCCGUUCACAGAUGCCGUACAGGCCUUCUUCCUGGAGCGGCUGGUAGUGCCUGCUGCCCGGAGGUACGGGCUGUCUGCGGAAUACGAAUAUCUGAGGCCGUCUAUUAAGCGCUUCCCAACAGGCUCAGAACUGGAGCGCCUUGCCCGGCAAGCUGGGUUUGCAACAUCGCGGUACUAUCCUAUCGGUUUUGACUUGAUGGGUGUUCUUGUGGCGACGAAGGGUCGUUGACGAUAAGCGCGAUUCAACGCAUACCUAUGCAGUAUCGAACUGCCAAUGGCCGUCCCUUGGACGUCAAUGUAUGUAAUGACUGUGAUAUGCCGAUAGCGGAUGAGCAAAAUUCUGGCCACAUCCGAGCGUGUCAGUUUGCCCGGCAGCAGGCCAUCGUACCAACAGGCCGUGUACCAUACAAUGCUGUAACUGAAGGGCUUUUCACCCAAUCUGUGCUGCAUAUCGGAAACGUGUGUAACCUAAUACUCUUGGACGGCGUCCACUUGUCAUAGUACCUGCAAACGGCGUGAAUGGCAGCUGGUGGGCAACUGCGCUGCCGUGUCCUUAAGUGUUAAGACGUGCGUUCCUGUGAAAAACGUCAUUAUCGCAAAAUUUUAUUUUAUGCAGGCCGAGUACUCUCAAUGCUGCUUUUGUACGGCGAUUAUUCAUCUACGCUGCAUGUCACACAAACAUGCAGUAUCUGCCAUUUUCCCGCAUUACAGGCACGUUAUUGAAGGUUUACUAUAUUCGACAAGUCUAGGUUCGUAUGUAACGCAACUCCACG